UCAGCUUAUGACCACGUGCGCAAGACUCGGGUGGCCAUCAAGAAGAUCAGCCCCUUUGAGCAUCAGACCUACUGCCAGCGCACGCUGAGGGAGAUCCAGAUCUUGCUGCGUUUCCGCCAUGAGAAUGUCAUUGGCAUCAGAGACAUCCUGCGAGCACCCACCCUAGAAGCCAUGAGGGACGUCUACAUUGUGCAGGACCUCAUGGAGACAGAUCUGUACAAGUUGCUCAAAAGUCAACAGCUGAGCAAUGACCACAUCUGCUACUUCCUCUACCAGAUUCUGCGGGGCCUCAAGUACAUCCACUCGGCCAACGUGCUCCACCGAGACCUAAAGCCCUCCAACCUGCUCAUCAACACCACCUGUGACCUUAAGGUCUGUGAUUUCGGCCUGGCCAGGAUUGCUGACCCUGAGCAUGACCACACUGGCUUCCUGACUGAGUACGUGGCUACACGCUGGUACCGGGCACCAGAGAUCAUGCUCAACUCCAAGGGCUACACCAAGUCUAUCGACAUCUGGUCCGUGGGCUGCAUCCUGGCUGAGAUGCUCUCUAACCGGCCCAUCUUCCCCGGCAAGCACUACCUGGACCAGCUCAACCACAUUCUGAGUAUUCUGGGCUCCCCAUCCCAGGAAGACCUGAACUGUAUCAUCAACAUGAAGGCCCGCAACUACCUGCAGUCUUUGCCGGCCAAGACCAAGGUGGCCUGGACCAAGCUUUUCCCCAAGUCAGACCCCAAAGCCCUUGACCUGCUGGACCGGAUGCUGACCUUUAACCCCAACAAACGGAUCACGGUGGAGGAGGCACUGGCCCACCCCUACCUGGAGCAGUACUACGACCCCACGGAUGAGCCCGUGGCCGAGGAGCCCUUCACCUUUGACAUGGAACUGGAUGAUCUGCCCAAGGAGCGGCUGAAAGAGCUCAUCUUCCAGGAGACGGCUCGCUUCCAGCCUGGGGCACUGGAGGCCACCUAA